CUUAGGUAAACUUGAUCGUUAAACGUUUUGUAUUCGGAAUCGUUCAUAAAGCAAAUGCUCUCUCCACCCAAAAAGCAUAUGCUCUCCAUCCGACCCUUUUCAUUUGUUUGUCUUGAUCAUUUUGUGCAGCAGGAAGGUAUUCUCCCUUCACUUUUGCUUAUCAGACUUCCAUGGAGAAAGGGCAAAGCCUGAGCAAGGCAAACAAAGCAAUGCUUGUUGCGGAAGAAAAAGAGAGCACUGGGGGAGCAUCCUCUCCUUCAUCCUUCCCUCCGAAAAUCUCUGAAGGAGAUAGCAAUGAAUACGAUGUAUUCUUGAGCUUUAAUGGCUCAGAUACCCGAAAAGAAUUUACUGAUCACCUUUAUCACAGACUAGACAUUGCAGGAAUCCGCGUGUUUAGGGACUGUAAUAGCAUCCGAAUUGGUGAGGAAUUUAGUCCAGUGCUUUUCAAUGCCAUCACAAAUUCUAAGAUUUCUAUCCCUAUUAUCUCUGGACAUUAUGCUUCAAGCAAAUGGUGCCUUCGUGAGCUUAUUCACAUCAUGGAUUGCAAGAAGAGCAAUUCACAUAAAGUUUUGCCCAUUUUUUACAAAGUGGACCCAUCGGAUGUGCGGCAUCUGAAAAGAAAUUUUGGGGAGGCCUUCCAUUCGCAUAAGCAUCGUUUUGAUGAGAAAGAUAUUGAGGAAGGGCGACAAGCACUUAAAGAUGUGAGUAACUUACAUGGAUGGAAAUCCGAUGAAUUUGCUAGCGGGCAUGAGGGAGAAUUGAUUGAACGUGUUGUCGAAACUGUUCUGGGAGAGUUACGAAAAGAUUUUCCUCUACUUGUUCCGAAGGAACUAGUUGGACUUGAUGAUCAACUGAAGAAGAUUAUAAGUCGCAUAGGUAGUCCUUCCAUCAAUGCUCGAAUGAUUGGAAUUUAUGGCAUGGGUGGGAUAGGCAAGACAACUCUUGCCAAGUGCAUCUACAAUCAACUCUUGAAUAAAUUUGAUCAUGUCUGCUUCCUUCCAGAUAUUCGAGAAACGACCAAGCACCAUGGUAUUAAGUAUCUACAGAGUCAACUAAUAUCUGAGAUACUACAAGAAAAAAAUGAAGUGUCUACAGUUGAUUUAGGAAUUAACUUAAUCAAAUCUAGAUUCACAAGGAAAAAGGUUCUCAUUCUUUUGGAUGAUAUAGAUUGCAAGGAUCAGCUAGAUGCUUUGGCUGGAGGAGGUUACUGGUUUGCUUCAGGAAGUAUUAUAAUUGUUACAACUAGAAAUAAAGAUGUUCUUGAUCAAUCUGAAUUCGAGGUAGACUACGAGCAUGAAAUGAGUGGGAUAAAUGAGGCACAUUCUUUCAUUUUAUUUAAUAGACAUGCAUUUCGAAUGGAACAUCCUUCAAGUGACUUUGCAAUUAUAUCUCGUCAGAUCAUAUCCACUAUGGGUGGGCUUCCCUUGGCACUUAAGGUUAUAGGUUCAUACUUGUAUAAAAAAACAUAUCCUAAGGUUUGGGAUGAUGUACUGAAACAAUUAAAAAAACAACCACAUAAAGAUGUCCAAAAGAUAUUGAAGAUAAGUUAUGAUGCAUUAGACAACGAACAUAAAGAGGUUUUCCUUGAUAUUGCCUGUUUCUUUAUUGGUGAAAAGAUUGAAUUUGCCAUGUACAUGUGGGACGAUUGUGAGUUUUAUCCAAGUCAAGGAAUUGACGAGUUGAAGUCGAGGUGCUUAAUAAAAAUUGAAGAUGAUGGUACUUUAAGCAUGCAUGAUCAACUGAGAGAUCUUGGAAGGAGCAUUAUUCGCCAAGAACCAUCGCUUGAGAAACGUAGUAGACUAUGGGUGAGAGAGGAAGCCUCCGAGGUACUAGAGAAAGAAAAGGGAACUGAAAUGAUCCACGCAAUUCGUCUCAACUGGUCCCGGGACUGGUACAAUAGAGACCAUCAACAGGCAUACACCGAUGAACAGUUUAAAAAGUUACCGAGGUUAAGGUUCCUUCAACUGAAGUGGGCGGCUUUGAAUGGAGACUUUAACGAAUUGUUUUCUGAAUUAAGAUGGCUUCAAUGGUUUAACCUUGAACCCAAUCCGUCUUUUGCGGCAACCAAUUUGCUUCUACCGAAAUUAGUGGUGCUAUCGUUGUCCAGCAGCCAGAUCACAGAGCAUUGGGGAGGAUGGAGUUCGAUUGUGGUGCCAAAGCGACUGAAGGUUCUCGAACUUACAUGUUGCAAACAUUUAAGAUGUACUCCUGAGCUCUCGGCUUUCACAAAGUUGGAGAUUCUCAGCUUAAAAGAAUGUUCCGGACUCAAGCAAGUUCACCCUUCUAUUGGCAAAGUCAAGAGCCUUCUUUCCUUGAACUUGAGUGGCUGUCAGAGUCUUAAGGAGCUACCCGGAGAAGUGGGCACAUUGAGAGAACUAAAAGAACUUAUUUUAGAUUAUUCUGGUAUCAAAGAGAUUCCUACGUCAAUUGGUUCUAUGGAGAAGUUGGAGAAACUAAGUGUCCGGUCUUGUCAGUCAUUGACAGAAAUCCCUGGCUCAAUGGGCACAUUGAGAGAACUAAAAGAACUUAUUUUAGAUUAUUCUGGGAUCAAAGAGAUUCCUACGUCAAUUGGUUCUAUGGAGAAGUUGGAGAAACUAAGUGUCCGGUCUUGUUGGUCAUUGACAGAAAUCCCUGGCUCAGUGGGGGAUUUACCUAAUUUGCAACAUCUAAACAUUAGUGGAACUACUAUAUCUGUUUUGCCAGAAAGUAUCAAGAAUCUUUCUUCUCUCCAACACCUCAACCAAAGAGGCGGUAAAGAACUCCGAUCGCUGCCAGAGCUUCCUUCCGACUUAACACAUUUGGAGCUCUCUUUUCAAAGUCCCAAGUUGCCACAGUUUUCUCGCCUAAACCACAUGGAAGAACUUAACAUUUCAUGGACUCGAUCUACUUAAAUAUAUCUUGGAGCUUCCUUCAUGACCCUUGAAACUUUGUGCCUCAUCUCAUUUGUAUAGGGGCCAAGGCAACAAUUAUAAAAUAUUUCCAUUAACUCAUUUUUUGAUUGCUUAUUCUCCUUUGUAUAUGCAGCAACUAGUUCUCUGAGGAAGUUGGAGAAACUGAGUAACUGAGUGCUCAAUCUUGUUGGUCAUUGAGAUCAAUCCAUUGAUCAAUUGGGGAUUUACAUAAUUAGCAACAUCCGGACAUUUUGAA